GCAAUUUGGCCCGGGCCCCGCGAUGGGUCCUGCACACUCCACGAGCUCUUGGUUUCCCUGCGGCCUCCAAGUUGACAUGGAUGUAGCCGCCUGAAGGAGCCCGCAGUUGACUGGGUCCCGGCAAUGCUCCAACGGCCGUUGAUGUCGGCGUCGGACUAUGUCGAGGUGAUAGGAUCGCACCGCGUCCAAUGUCUCUCCGAUUCGGGCUCCCGACCGCAGCCCUCGACAACAGGGUGCAUCGGGAAGAGGAGCUGACGCUGGCCCGGAGAGCUUCGCAGCUUCGAAAUGCGAAGGCUGCAUCGCCAGAAGCUCCCGGCGGCGCUUCUGCUGCUACGAGCAGCGCGCUUGCGGCUCCGCCGCCCCGAGGCCGGCGCCGUGUAGUCCUCCCCGACCCCGUUGCCUUCAGAUUCCUGGAAGGCGACCCCACCGUGACCGUCGUCGAACGCAGACGUGUCCUCCCCGGCUACGAGCUCUAUCUGGUCGAGCAGUGGGCUUGCUCGCGCCAGUCGCCCACCGUCGUCAUCGCGACCUACACGGGCGACACGAAGCACUCGGUCGUUGUUGGCGUAUUGGAGGUGCCCGCAGACGAGAAGGACUGGUUGCCGAGGCUCAGGGUCUACUUCAAGGCCAUCCACCAAUACCAUGCGCGGCCCAAGGAGACCGAGAUCGGCGAGCUUAUGGUUACCAACCUGAGCAGCUUUCCCUCGGCACUGACCGUCAUCGCGGUCCCGGAGGGCGACAUACGCAAGCACCGUCAAGUGUUCAUUGUCAACGAGAACUUGAAGCGGCUGGGCUGUUCUGGCCGAUCCGGGCUUACCCUGACGGAACCAACACCGGCAACGCAGGCGAAAUUCAUGCAGACUUACAAGACCAGCGACAGGAUACCUUUCGACCAAGCCGUGCUCGAGCUCGUCAAGCUCUGCCAGUUGGCCCUCUUCAUCUUCGGCAUGCUUGAGGAGGAGUACAUGGACGGGCUGCUGUGCGACGUGACUGAAAAGGCCAUCAACGACUGGUGGACCGAGAUCGGCUCCGAGUAUUUCAACAUCGAGCCUACAGAUGGCAUACUGGGACCAACCACGGUUGCUGCGCUCCUCGGCACGCUCUUGGGCGCAAGAAAUCGGCUCAGCUACUAUGGCGCGCCGGUGUCCAAGGACGUCUUCGAUAUUGAGAGCACGAAAAAGGGCAUCGGGACCUUCCAGAAAUCCCUCCGGCUGGAGAGAACGCGGCGGCUGGACCGGCAAACCCUCCUCAAACUGCACAGCGUGACGGCCAAGGCAGCGGCUGGGGAGGGCGGCUGGGGUGUGCAGAAGGCUGUCAAGUCCACCGUCGCCGAGAUCGGCGGCAAGCGGGGCGAAUUCGUCAUCGGAAUGGUUGGCGGCCGGGACAAGGCUAACAUUGGAGACAUUGAGACCCUGGAUCUGGCCAAGUUCAUCAGUCUGGUAUACGGUGAGCGGCCGAAAUGGCUGUGGUACGGAAAGCCGAGGAGGACGCUUCAGGAGCAUUCGCCCGAGCAUCCCGUAUCGGCAUUCGGAAAGGAGCUGAGAGAUGAAGUGGGCCCUCCGCUCGGGAACAGGCGGACGCAAUCCGCGUCUGUCGAGGAAGAGCUAGAGGCGAGGAAGAAGGAAGACCCGCCCGCGGUGUACCAGCCUCCGCCGCCGACAGGCUCGCUACCGAUCGCGGCAGAGACCCCCGGCGGCGACCGAGACGCUCUGCGGAAAGCCGUCUUCAAGAGCGUAGCUGGGAAGGUGAGCGAUGCCCGCUCAGGAUUGGGACGCAUCCGAGAUGCCGUGGGUGGCGGUUUAAGAGGGCACGUCAGCCGGCCGUCCAAAGACGAGAGUCCCGACACGGCCAUGAGCGGGUACUCGAGCCCCAGCAUCGCGACCCUUGCCCAGUCGUCGGCCGCAGUGACCAGCCCGGUGGCGGUUGGCAGGGCCUUUACGUGGAAGGUCAAGCCGGAGGAAUACCUGGCGGCCCUACGAGACGGAGAACGGGGCGAGCCGGCGCCUGCUAUACCUCUGCCCGGUGGCAACAAGACCGACGAACCGUUGGCGGCUCCCCAGGGAGGCGCGCAUCUUCCCCCGAACUUGCUCGCAACGCACGACGAGAAGGAACGACUAGAUCUUGGUUUGGCCGAGAUGGCCAAGGAGGUGCGCAGCACCAAUGUUUCGGCACCCGGUUCCGUCGUGGCCGACGGAGAUCUCCAGGGCCCAGUGCUUGCUCUCGAACGGAGCAGCGGCGGACCGCGGCUGUCUCUCCAGCGCCGACACAGCGCCGGCGGCACCUUGUGCAGCUCCCGCUUCAACGAGGCCCGAUACCCGCGGCGGCUGUCUUUCAGCGCAGCCGAGGACGCCGUCCUCUGCUGGGACGAGCCCAUCAAGUUCACUGAUGCCCCGGCUGCCGGCGACCUGGCGGGACUCCAACCGCAGGCGGAGUUGGCCUGCUAUCUCUACGGCCGCCUCCAGCUGAUCCACACCGACAUUGCCCCCUGGGUUUCCAACAAGGUGUCGGAUGUCUCGGCCCUCGACCAGACCUUUGAUGCGCAGCAAGCAGAACUGCAGAGGCUGCACAGCGCCGCCGAGGAGGCGUACGAGCGCGUCCGGCUCGGCGGCAGCGAGUUCGUGGCCGAGGAGCGGGGCCGGCUGGGCGAGGCGGUCAAGGAGGUCGAGAUGCUGGCGGCGAAGCUGGAGUACGAGAUCGGGGCGCUCGUGUCGCGCGUGGACGAGGUCGAGGACGGGAUCGCGCAGUUCGAGGCGCAGGUCGAGGACGUCGAGAGGCGGGCGGAGGAGCUGAAGCGCGUGCUCGAGACGGAGAGCUGGCUCCACUGGUUUGUCAGGACGCUGACGGGUAUCGGCACGGGGCCGAACAUCACGAGGGGCAGCGCAUCGUCGUGAUUCCGCGGGGCUGAGUGUUUUUCUGUUUUCCGGUUGUUUUGCGGUAGCAGGGCAUAGGGAACAUGUACCCGGACCGGGAACGGCGUUGCAG